ACGCCUCUCUACAAUCCCCGUCUUGUCUUCGCGGUUGGCAGCUGUGAAUUCAAUCUUCUCUACACACAGCAACAUGUCGCGCGCAACAUCAGCAAUCACAUCGGCGGCAUCGCACCGUGUCGUGCCGUCGGCCAACGCCACCACCUCGAGACUUACCACCUCCGCCCGUGGUCUCGCUACCGUCCAGGACGCCCCUCCAGUCCAGCACAAGCGUGGUCUCCAGGACCAGGACCGCAUUUUCCAGAACCUUUACGGCCACCAUGGAGCCGACCUCAAGAGCGCAAUGAAGUACGGUGACUGGCACAAGACCAAGGAGAUUAUCAACAAGGGUCACGAUUGGAUCAUCUCGGAAAUCAAGGCCUCUGGUCUCCGUGGCCGUGGUGGAGCUGGUUUCCCCUCGGGCAUGAAGUGGUCGUUCAUGAACUUCAAGGACUGGGACAAGGACACCAAGCCCCGCUACCUGGUCGUCAACGCUGAUGAGGGUGAGCCCGGAACCUGCAAGGACCGUGAGAUUAUGCGCAAGGACCCCCACAAGCUGCUCGAGGGAUGUUUGGUCGCCGGUCGCGCCAUGAACUGCACCGCCGCCUACAUCUACAUCCGUGGCGAGUUCUACCACGAGGCCACCGUCCUUCAGCGCGCCAUCCAGGAAGCCUACCAAGCUGGUCUCAUCGGAAAGAACGCCUGUGGUACUGGAUACGACUUCGACAUCUACAUCCACCGUGGUAUGGGAGCCUACGUCUGUGGUGAGGAGACUUCCCUCAUCGAGUCGCUCGAGGGCAAGCCCGGAAAGCCUCGCCUGAAGCCCCCAUUCCCUGCCGCCGUCGGUCUUUUCGGUUGCCCUUCGACCGUCGCCAACGUCGAGACCAUUGCCGUCGCCCCUACCAUUAUUCGUCGUGGUGGCAGCUGGUUCAACUCCUUCGGUCGCGAGCGUAACGCUGGUACCAAGCUUUUCUGUAUCUCUGGUCACGUCAACAACCCCUGCACAGUCGAGGAGGAGAUGUCUAUCCCUCUCCGCGAGCUGAUUGACAAGCACUGCGGUGGUGUCAUUGGUGGCUGGGACAACCUCAAGGCUGUCAUCCCUGGUGGUUCCUCCACCCCUAUCCUUCCCAAGAAGGUUUGCGACGACCAACUCAUGGACUUCGACGCUCUCAAGGACUCUCAGUCUGGUCUCGGUACCGCUGCCGUUAUUGUCAUGGACCAGAGCACCGACGUCGUCCGCGCCAUCGCCCGUCUCUCCAAGUUCUACCACCACGAGUCUUGCGGACAGUGCACUCCCUGCCGUGAGGGUUCCAAGUGGACCGAGCAGAUCAUGCACCGCUUCGAGAAGGGUCAAGCCCGCGCUCGCGAGAUUGACAUGAUGCAAGAGCUCACCAAGCAGGUCGAGGGCCACACCAUUUGCGCUCUUGGUGAGGCCUUCGCCUGGCCCAUCCAAGGUCUGAUCCGUCACUUCCGCCCCGAGCUCGAGGCCCGCAUUGCAGACCACUCCAAGACCCAGGGUGGUGAGGCACUUGCCGGUGGCUGGCACCACAACUCUCACAAGGAUGGUCUGCUCGUCUCUCCCGGCCAGUAGAUUCUUUCUCUCUCAUCCUUGCGAAACGACUUGUGUAAAUAUUCAGUUGCGCCUCCCUGACCGCCUUUUUUCCUUUUUGUUGAUUACGUGAGUACCAAUGUGUAUCAAUGGCGUUUUUUCUCUUGUUUAGCUUUAGUUCACACCAUUUUUUUCUUUUGGGAUGAUAAAAUGCAGAUAAAUUUUUCCCAAUUUCCCCUUUGUGUCUUGGAAGUGAAGUGUCGUACUUGAUAGUAGAGUGCAGAUUACUUCCAAAGUAGUAUUCUGGUUUUUUUGGGCACAUGAGGCAGGAUGGUCAAGAUCUAUUCGUGAGUCGUUGAAGCUUAGGCAUCUCAUACACGCAAGCUUCAACGCCGGUGAGACUGUUGAAGAG